AAGAGGGGGCGUCGACAUUGAAAUUGAUACACCACAGCUUGAAACUAUAAUGUUGAUUAUGGAUACUAAAACCUCUCUACUGCUAGCUUUGGUAGUCCUUCUUAUGAUUGGCUCACCCAAUCCCACUGAGUCAAAGAAAGAAAUUCCAGUUCUGAAGUUUGACAGUAGCUAUUUUCCAGAGGGUUUUUACUGGGGCGCUGCUACUUCAGCUUAUCAGGUCGAAGGGCAUGCAAACGAAAGUGGAAGAGGACCUAGUAUCUGGGAUACAUUUGUCCAUGAGUAUCCAGAGAGAAUUGAUGACCGUAGCAAUGCGGAUGUUACGGUGGAUUUUUACAAUCACUACCAGAGAGAUCUCGAAAGAAUGAACAAGAGUCUAGGUAUGAAUGCCUACCGAUUCUCUAUUUCAUGGACAAGAGUCAUUCCUAGUGGAAAGUUAAGUGAAGGAAUAAACGAGGAGGGAAUUGAAUUUUACAACAAUGUUAUUAACGAGACUAUAAAAAAUGGUUUGACUCCUUUCGCCACUAUUUUUCAUUGGGAUGUUCCCCAACAUCUUGAAGACAUGUAUGGCGGUUUCAGAAGUCGUGACAUAGUGGCUGAUUUCAAAGAUUUUGCGGAACUUUGCUUUCAAAAAUUUGGGGACCGAGUGAAACAUUGGAUUACAAUUAAUGAACCGUUUGUUUUUGAUACACAUGGUUACGAACUUGGUGGUUUAGCACCAGGGCGAUGUUCACAUUGGGUGAAUAGGGCAUGCCAAGCAGGAGAUUCAGGAACUGAGCCUUACACAGUUGGCCAUCAUUUGCUUCUUGCUCAUGCAUAUGCUGUUCAAGUAUACAGGGAAAAGGAUAACACUGGUAAGAUCGGAAUUACAUUAGACUUGACCUGGCCUGAGCCUAUGUCCGGCAGCCCUGAAGACGUUGCAGCAGCCCAACGGAUCCUUGAUUUCGCAUUUGGUUGGUGGUUAGACCCCUUGGUCUAUGGUCAUUAUCCAAGAAUAAUGCAGGAACGAGUUGGUGAUAGAUUGCAAAAUUUCACCAAAGAGGAAAGUCUUUUGGUGAAGGGAUCAUAUGAUUUUUUAGGCAUAAACUCCUACACUUCAAAUUAUGCUUCCGCCAAUUAUACUGCUGACCCUGAUCCAACUCAUAUUAGAUAUGCAACUGAUAGUGCAGUUACAUUGACAAAGUUUAAGGAUGGCAAAUCCAUUGGUGAACAGGCAUCUCCAGCUUGGUUAUACAUCUGGCCGGAAGGAAUUCGACGUAUUUUGAACUAUACAAAAGUUACAUAUAGGAACCCAGUAAUCUAUGUUACAGAAAAUGGAGUUGGUGAUCCUUUUGGUCUUUCUCCCGAGGAUGCUCGCAAGGAUUUAUGGAGGAUAAGUUAUCAUGAAAAGCAUCUCUUGGAAAUACUUAAGGCCAUCUGCGUUGACGGUGUAAAUGUGCAAGGUUACUUUGCUUGGUCCUAUAUAGACAACUUCGAAUGGUCGAAUGGUUAUACCGUAUCAAUGGGUUUGUAUGGUGUCGACCGUGAAAAUAACCUCAAAAGACGCGCAAAGUAUUCGGUAUCUUGGUUCAAUCAAUUCUUGAUGAAGAAGGGAGAGAUAGGCGGACCGAAAUGUGAUUUACUAAUUCCUGAGCAGGAUACUGAAGAAGAUGACUAUGAGUUGUAGGCUCUGCUUGCCUCUAGAAUGAAUAAGGAGAGAUUGGUCUAUAGAUACCAUCUCGCCUCUGGAAUAAACUAUGGUUGUAUGAGAAUAAUUUUAUGGAAUAAAUGGCCCUGUUUUUUACUAUCUAA